CCGAUAAAAAUCUUAAGACAUGAUCAAUAAAACAUUCUUUAAAAGCUUUUUUUUUGAACGACUUUAAAGUUUUUACGCUUUAUUAUAUCGUCAACGUUUUAUUUUCGGAGCUUCGUGAAUGACCCGUUGAAAAGUUUUCUUUUUCCUGUCGCGCCGAGUCAUUCUCUCGUUCUCUCUCGGUAUUUUAUUCCCGUUUUGUAGCUCUAAAUUUCUGGUCCGACGAUGUUUUCUUCGACAAGGGUGAGCCCAACGCCUGGCGUGCCAGAAGAUUGCGGAGCAAAAAACGAAGACUUCUCACCUCGUAUCGUAUAAUUCCGGCUUAUUCCGGGUAUCUCUCCCUUGAUGUUCUUUGUUCACACCACACAUCGUCAUUUGUCGAAAAACAAAAAUGUUCAACCUCGAUAACUUUCUCACUUAAAGUUAUUAUCACAUUUUGCUUAAAAUCGAUACGUCAAAAAUACAAAUAUAUUAUUAGACUUUUACACAAUAAUUAUAAACAUUCAAUAAUUAUAUAAAUAACUUGCCUUACGUGCAAAAAAGAUUAAUAUAAAUGUUUAAGCAAAGAUUUUUAGAAGCUUACGGAAAGAAGCUUGUGCGAGGGUUGAAGGGCCGUAAAUAUUUAUUUUGUUUUUUAUUUUUUCUGACUGUAAGCUACAGAAGAAAGAUGUUCCAUUUAUGCUUUAGACAGACGGACGGUGAUAUACGAUAUCACGUUGUUGAAGAAUCCCUAUCUUAAUCGCGCACCCAUUAUAAAGACCUAAAUCUCGCCGAUAACUUUUUCACGCGAGAGAGAAAAAGAAAGAGAUGGACUGUGAUACUGGCUGCGAGUCAAGGCGCAGGAUCGAAGGAUCGCACCGGCCGAUGGUGUUGCGUUGCGUGUAUAUACUAUUAUAACCUCCGGCGGGGGUGGACGACGGCGUAGCGUAGAGUUGUACGCGCAGGGUGGUGAGAGAGAAUGUGCGCGCGAGAGGGAAAGCAAAAGGGAAGGAGGGAUGAGCGAGGAUGAGAGAGAACGAGAGAGCCGAUCGAGAGGGUGAGAGAGCAGCAGGAGGGGACCGGAGCACACGGUACGGAGCACCUCUCGUUGCCUCGCCAGUGGUUCAGUCAGCGCUUCGUACCGGCGUCGCCUCGCUUCGUCCUUGCUCCUUGCUUGAGAUACCCCUCGUGCACAUCGUCGUGUGCCCCUCAGUCGUCUCACGAAAUCAAUGAGCUCACGACGUAUUGGCAGACACAUCCGGACCUCGAUCGAGUAAAACUGCGGUUAUAAAGCCGUUGUAUAUAACAUCGCACGAAAGGGUUACCGAGAGUAAGAGGCCGAUACACAUCGACAAUCGAGCGUGUCGGGCUGCCACUUGUCGCUGCGGCUAAGUAACAGAAAGAGAGAAGACAAGAGAAAGGCAGAGUGCAUCGCGACGUGUAACAAGAAGUGACAGAGAGUAGAACGAGAUCGAAAGGAAGAAUCGCGAGGACCUGUACGGGUCCUAAACGCUCAGGACGGUGCAUGUCUCGGACCCCGCUUUUCAGCUUUUCUUCCAGCAACGCUUUGUCCACUUUCCUGAGCUGGAGGCGUGCGGCCGACUUCUGUGCUGCGUGCAGAGGCUCUGCAGAAGCGGAAGUGCAGCCGACGAGACCGUUGUCGAGCAACGAAUUACCGCUCGCGGUCGACGAGGAGCGCAAGCGGAGCCGGAGCUGGUGGAAGGCCAAGGUCCUUCGGGUCCGGAAGAUGGAAUGCUCGCUAUACCCGUCAGCCCGAGUCCUGCAUCCACUUCGUCACUGGAAGACGCCUGCAAACCGCCGCCACGUAACUGCUAUCGCCUGGUCAUGCUCGGCAGUGCCCGCGUUGGAAAGACUGCCAUUGUAGCACGAUUUCUGUCCAACAAAUUUGAGGAGAGCUACACGCCGACGAUAGAAGAUUUUCACAGAAAACUCUACAGGAUCAGAGGCGAAGUUCACCAGCUUGAUCUCUUGGAUACAAGCGGAAACCAUCCGUUUCCGGCGAUGCGACGAUUGUCCUUCCUGACGGGGGACCUCUUCGUCGUGGUGUUCAGCAUGGAUUGCCGGGAGUCCUUCGAGGAAGCCAUCAGACUGAGAGAGGCGAUUCUCGAGACCAAAGUGAGCGCGACUCAAAGUGCCAUGAAGAGCAGGAGGAGCCACUACAGUCUGAAGGUCCCUAUGGUCAUCGUGGGGAACAAAUGUGAUAAAGACGUGAAGACGGUUACGGUAGAAGAAGCUGAGCAAUAUUGCGUGAGUCAGGACGAGUGCUGCGUUUUUGUGGAAGCUUCUGCGAAGCGGAACUACCACGUGGACGAACUGUUUUAUCAGUUAUUCGUGGUGGCGGGUCUACCUCUGGAGAUGGCACCGAAUCAUCAUAGAAAAGUGCCGAUCAGUUUCGGCUCGCCUAUGUUACCGCCGUCGCAGCCGCGGCAUAAAGCCACUCUCAGUAUAAAACGUCGUCUGAGCGACGCUUGCGGCGUCGUGGCGCCGAACGUGCGCCGUCCCAGCAUCAGGACGGACUUGAUGAUCAUGAGAACGAAGACGUGCGCGCUCGCGGCCGGAAACGAGAACAAUACACCAGGAUCCAGAAUCACGCUUAGAACAGGAAGGAUAGAGUCCAAGAAGGCCUGCUCGAUACAGUGAUAUAUGUCAAACAACCUCGCGCGCGGACAAAUUUUUCGAAAUAUAAAACAAAUAUGGUAAUAUACUUUUCAGACGAUCUUCGGAACCGAGUGCGACUUACACUUUUGUUUAUUAUAAAAUGUUUAAUUUUAUUGUUGUAACAACUCUCUCUAGUAUUUCUUGCAGGAUAAGAAAAAUAAAAACAAACUUAAUUCGACGCGGAAAACCUCACAUAUACGCCGUAAAUCUCGCGAUUGAAACUUUCAAGUUUACAAUUGUUAGACUUCAUCAUGCGCAUACGAAGACGACGCGAAGCGAGUGCUCGCGAGCGAAGAUCGUCAAGGGAAAAUCAUAUUUAAACCGACCACGCUACUCGCCUUAAUUAAUUAACGGAAUAUAGCUUUAGCGUAAUAUCCCGAAGGUAAUACGUAUAAUUACUUUUAAGUUGUGAGAAAGAGAUAGAUAGAUAGAUAGAUAGAUAGAUAGAUAGAGAGAGAGAGAGAGAGAGAGAGAGUGUGCGU